AGGAGAGAUGAAACAAUCAGAAAUCACAUGAUUAGAUUAGGCUAAAACCAGAAUCACAAGCCACAGAGGGAGGAGAUAGUGAGGAGAUGCUUCCAUUUCCUAUCCCCUCCUAGCCUUCUCCUCUCCAAACCCCCCGCCUCGCUCCGGCGCCUUCUUCCCCGCCGUCGCCAUGGGACAGGCCUGGGCGUCCCUCCAAGAUAAGCUCCAAGGGAGGCAAUGGAAGGAGAAGCAGGUGAGGAAGAUCACGGACAAGGUGUUCGACCACCUCACCGAGGACGCCAAGAAGCGCGAGCAAGAGGCCCUCACCUUCGAGGAGGUCUACAUCGCCGUCCUCUGCGUCUACAACGACAUCAACAAGUACUUGCCAGGGCCGCACUAUGAUCCACCGUCCAAGGAAAAUCUUAAAUCCAUGAUGAAUGAAUACGACAUUAACCUGGACGGGCUCCUGGAUCGCGAGGAGUUCGCGGAGUUCAUACGGAAGCUGACGGCGGACUCCCUGUGCGCGAUCAGCCUCAAGCUGCUGGUGACGCUGGUGGCCGCGCCGGCGCUGGCGCUGGCGACCAAGAGGGCGACGGAGGGCGUCCCCGGCGUCGGCAAGGUGGUGCGCAAGGUGCCGAACUCCAUCUACGCCUCCGUCAUCACCCUCGGUGUCGUCAUGGCCCAGAAAUCCACCGAGGGCGUCGAGUAGACAAGGUAAUCCGAAUCAGGGAUUCAGAGCUUGCUAAGCUCGCAACGACGCAUCGUAUGAUCGCAACGUGUAAAUGCUGCAUUAGGCAGCUGGGAUAUAUAUAGAUGUUGCUGCUUUGAUUUGUUAUUGUGCUCGAUGCUGUAAUGGAACUUUUUUUUCGCUUGUAAACACUCGUUCUUUUUUCUCUGAA